AUGGCGAGGUUGCUCCUAUUCCUUUACCAGCUGUCGGCCCGUUGGCCGAAGGGGUUAAAGACGAAGAGCAGCCUAUCGAUCAUCGACGCGAGGUGGCUGUUGAGGCUAUUGACAGUUACGAAGAUGACGACCCUGCGGAGCGUGCUCCACCUCUACCUCCUGACGAUGGUCACGAGUACCGGCAUUAUCGUGUCGGUCGCAAUCCCGGUCUGCUCGAGAACAUUGACGAGGGCAACAUUCUACCGGUUCGCACGCGUGCUCAGCGUCGCGUCGCCGCCCUCAGUAUUGUGUGCACGCGCAAGAUCGUUCGUCGCGAACCAGAGCUCAUCGCGUCGUUUUCAACUCGUCACCCACCGCUUCCCAAGACCUUCAAGGAUGCGAUGGCUUCGCCCGAGGCUGAGUCGUGGUACGCUGCGUCCGUCACGGAACUCAACUCCGUGGGCUUGCACAAGGUUUUCAAGCUUUCGAGGCUACCCACCAGGGCUCGUGCACUGGGCUAUCGUUGGGUGUUUACUUGGUAGGAAGACGCCGAAGGCAACAUCAUCAGCUACAAGGCUCGUCUAGUCGUCCAAAGCUUUGCUCCACGACUGGGGAUCGACUACCACAAGACGUUUGCUCCUGUCUCGUCGAUCACGACGAUCUUGUUCGUCGUCGGCCUUUCUGCCGCUUGCGGACUGAUUCUUGAACAGUGGUCCUGA